UUUGAUUGGCAACGCACGUGCAAAGAAUGCUAAAUUUUGUUUGAUAUUUAGGUUGUCUGAUCUGAAUGCUGGAAAUACUUAGUUUCGAACUGUUGAAAUGUUAAAAUUGCCCUUAAAAUCCUUUGAAUUUUCCAAAUUUCAUAGAUUGAUGCGAAUUAAAUUAUCCAGUAAUUGAAUAGGAUUUUACAUAUUAUCUAGAAGAUGGCGUCGAUGCAUUUCAUCAAAUUUGAGAUUUUGAAUUGAGUUUGGGAGUCUUCCAAGAACUUUUUAGUGCAGAGGCUGUGAUUUUUAAUUUAACUACCAUUUAUAAUAGUAUGAAUCUAGACCAAUUCUUAUAAUCAUAUGGCAUUGGACUGAUGCAGUGAUUACAGAUAUUAGUCAGGAGGGAAAAAAAGAGACUGCAGAAGGAAUUGAUGGCUAUACAGAAGGAGCCACCCCCUGGUGUAAGAGUAAACCCUGAAAAUAUUGGACCUUCCUUAACUCAAUGGACUGUUGACAUGGAAGGAGCUGUAGGUACAUUAUAUGAGGGUGAAAAAUUUCAGUUAUUAUUUAAAUUCACUACGAAGUAUCCAUUUGAUUCACCUGAGGUGACUUUCAUAGGCCCAAACAUUCCAGUACAUCCCCAUGUGUAUAGCAAUGGGCACAUAUGUUUAUCCAUUUUAACUGAAGACUGGUCUCCUGCAUUGUCAGUGCAGUCAGUGUGCCUGAGUAUAGUUUCCAUGCUUUCUAGUUGCAAAGAAAAAAAACGGCCUCCAGAUAAUACUUUGUAUGUAAAGACAUGUAGUAAAAAUCCUAAGAAGACUAGAUGGUGGUAUCAUGAUGAUUCUGUGUGACAACUUGCAAUUGUUAGAAGAUAUUUUAAAAUUUGACACGCUUCUACAUAUGCAGAACAACAGAGUGUACCAUUGCACCUGUUUUCCUAUUCUGAGAAUAAGGUUCGAGAGAUUAAAAAAAUAAUAAAAAAAAGCAGUUUUUGUAAUCACAAGAUUAUGUAAAGUUUUUUACUUGAAAUGCGUGUAUCUCUGUAUCAUAAUAUGUGCCUGUAUAAUAGUACCAUUGAUUUUUUUGCAUGUUUUAUGACUUUUAGGGUAUUUUUUCAUUACAAAAAUUUUAGCAUAUUUUGUUAGAAUCCUUUCAUUUAUUUUCACAAUUUUUGAGUAGGUUGUAUUAAUUCAGUUCCCUUUCAUGCUGUAAUUCUGGUGUUAUAAAUUCACAAAAUAUGCAUUUGAGUUGAUAUACAAAUAAUAGGGAGGCUUAUAGAUUGAUAAGUUCAGCAGCUCUGUGUAUUGUAAAGCAUGCUGUGUAAAGUUUGUUAGUAGGUGUACCUAUUAUAAAUGUGUAAUAAAAGUAUGCAUUAUUAAAAUUUUAACUUAAGGUCAUUCCUCUCUUUUUUUUGUGUGCAGGUUGAUUCAGAAUGAACUGAACUAUUUAAAGGCUUUUAGUGUGAAAUGAUAAAUCUGAUAAGAUUCAAUUUUCUUUUAAAACAAUGUUUGUGAUUGUUUAUUAAGUUUUAUUUAAUUUGGAAAGUUUCUGUUCAUUGAAGGAAAACUGAGAGUUCUACUAAUAACUCUAUGUACAUAAUUAUACUUUGUAUAAAAAUAAUUGGAAAUGUUGCAAUAUUUGGUCAAUUAUUUCUAUUAUAAGAAUGAUAUUUGAAUAUUCCAUUCAGAUGUUUUUGUUUGAAACUGGCAUAGUUUUAAAUAUUUGAAUGGGAGAAAAAGGCCUUUAAUUUAGAUACAUUU